CCUUGACCGGUUUCUCCAUCAAUCAUAGAACUCAACCUAAUUAGAUCUUUUUCAGCGAUAACCACAUUUUGCUCUUCCCCCUCCUUUUUUGGUCGAAUUUGAUUGCGAGCCAGCAUAAUCGCUGGCCAAAGCGAAGCGAGCAAGCACACACACUCUCACAAGCAGCAUCAUGGCUGCAUCCGAAGACCUGAUCAACUUCGACGUGAUCGAAGCACAAAAAGAAAACAUCCAGGCUCUCCCCUCUGGCCGCUCCGCCAAGAAACUUGCCGAGGUCUUCUCACCUGCCCAGCAACGCACAGCAGCAGCCACGACACUACCAGCAGCACGCCAGCCCCUCGGCAGCAUCGCGACACCUACCAACGACGCCACCCGCGCCGAGUUCGAGGCCGAGGUUGCCGCGCUCGCCGAGUCCGACGAUCCCCUGGACAUCUACGACCGCUACGUUCGCUGGAUCCUCAAUGCAUACCCCUCUGCGCAGGCAACGUCCGCCUCGCAGCUGCACACGGUGCUCGAGCGCGCGACCAAGACCUUCAUCUCCAGCUCACAGUACAAAAACGACCCGCGCUACCUCAAGCUCUGGCUGCACUAUAUCGCCUUCUUUGCCGACGCGCCGCGUGAGACGUUUGUGUUUCUGGCGCGGCACGGCAUCGGUGAGGGGCUGGCGCUAUUCUACGAGGAGUAUGCCGCGUGGCUCGAGGGCGCUGGGCGGUGGAACCAGGCCGACGAGGUGUACAAGCUUGGGAUCGAGAGAGAAGCCAGGCCGCAGGCCAGGCUGAUCCGCAAGUUUGGAGAGUUCGAGGCGAGGAGAGCUGCGCAACCAGAAGACAUUGGCCCAGACAGCCCUGCGCUGCCGACAAUGAGACCUGCGUUGGCGGCCAAAAUCGACCCUUUCGCGGCAUCGGAGAGGGAGCCUAGGCAAGCGGGGAGCGGGCUGGGCACACAAACGGCAAGGUCUGGCAAGCCAAAGCUGCAGAUCUUCUCGGAUGCGGACAGCGCUGCGGAGCCGUCGGCCUUGGGAUCGCGCGCCGCCGGAUCCAAGGGCUGGGACACGAUCGGGUCUCUAACGGAUAGGAAGAAGGAGAAUUCUAUGGCGCCCAAGCCUUGGGCCGGUGAGACGCUGUCAGCAGGUGGGAAGAAGAGCGGCGGUUCUUCCAAGAUGGCUGUCUUCAAGGAUAUGUCCAAAAUCAGGUCUCAACUUUCCAAAUCGCAUAUCACGAUUGCUCCCUCUCAGUACCAAGUGACUAAGAACCCGGUAAAUGGCAAGAAGGAGCGCGUGUUUGUCGAUCUGCAGGCUGUUUACCCCAGUCCAGAGGAGCCAGGCACUGAGCUGAGCUUCGAGGAGAUUUGGGCUGCGAACCGGGGCUGGCUGAAUCGGGGGUGGGAGGAAGAUGCGCCCGUUGCUGACUGUCCAGAGAACGACGAGAACAGUGCACCAGCCCGGAUCGACGCAAAGCUGGUUGUCCACCAUGAUGUCGUCACGCUGGAUGAGAAUGGCCGCAUCCUGGAGCAGCAUCGUGAUGGUCGGGGCAAGAAGAAGAAGGUUAUGGAGGUCAAUGAGACACAAAUCAUCAAGGCGAAUCUGGACUCGCCGUCUCGCCCCAAGAUGAAGAAAAAACGCGGGUCUGUGUCUGAACCCACCAUGACUAUGCACACCAGGGCCGCCACAGACGACAUCUACGACAUCUUCAACGCACCGCUGAAGCGCCCUGUGGAGGAGCCAGAAGAAAGUGGUGACGAUGAUGACUAUGAGACAGACAGCAACUAUACAACCAGCAACGCAGAGAGCACCUGCACCACCCGCCGGAUCUCUAUGAGCGAGGCCGGCGAUAUAGAGGAGGACCAGAUUGCCAAAGACGACGAAACCUCGGACGUGAGGAGCCUAAGCGAAUGGUCCGACUUUUCCACGAGGCGGCAUGUUCCCAAUAUUGAUGAUGGUGAUGAUGGUGAAGAUGACGAGGACACUCGGUCCGUCGUGUCAGACCUCAUCAACAUUAGAGACGCAGACCCAGAAGGGGAUCUGGCAGGUGAAGACUUGUCACUGCCUAGAACGCGGACAACCUUCGUUCCUAUCCCCCCUGAGGACUGGGUUCCCAACCCGAGGCCAUAUAGGGAUCCGGUGGAGGUGGCUAAUAACCGUCUGCCUUUCAUGACGCCUAUCACGGAGAGAACUGAGUCCUCGCUCGAGGUCGAUUCUGCAGAAACUUAUGACCGUUUUGGUGCUAUCAAGACUCCUAGCAAGAGAGAUGAUAGCCUGCCGGAGGAAGUUGAGAUUAUCGACCUCGAGCCUCUGAGCAGUCCGCUGAGAGACGUCUUCAGCGAGUUCUCCCCGGUGAAGAAGUUUCCCUUGCUGCCCAAGACGAGAACUGCUCUGGCUCCCAAGGCUGUGGCGAAGCCUCUUGCGCCAAGAGGGCCCCUCAUCAAGGACACUCAAUGCAACCCUGUGGAUGACUUGAUCCGUAAUGAGAUUCUGGAGAAGAUGCAUCCUCCUUUGAGCUCGUAUUCUGGCUUCUACGACCACCGGCAUCAGAAGUACGAGAAGGGCAACGAGAUCCGCAAAUUCAUCAAGGCAACCAAAAACACCAGGCACAGCACAGAUCGGACGGCAAAUCUCGGCAUGACUGUCACAAUCAGUCUCUCUGAUGUCGAAUCAGAAUACACCUUGAAGAAGGAGCUUGGUGCUGGGGCGUUUGCACCAGUCUACCUCGUCGAGAAUUCGUCUCCCGACGAGGAGGAAGACGAAGAGGCGCCGGCCGCCAUGGGCAAGCGCAGCUUCGCCGUCGCACACAGCCAGCGCAGCCAGCGCAGCCAGCUCGAGGCGCUCAAGAUGGAACUGCCGCCCACGCCUUGGGAGUUUUACAUGAUGCGACUCUCACACGCGCGCCUUGGUCCUCAGCACCGUGCGACGAGAUCCCUCUCUACUGCCCUGGAGAUGCACCUCUAUCAAGACGAGGGCUUCCUCCUCCUGCCCUUUCACGCACACGGCACACUCCUUGACGUGAUCAACCUCUUCCGUGCCGAGUCCUCCGGCGUCAUGGAUGAGACCCUUGCCAUGUUCUUUGCGGUCGAGCUCCUGCGCACAGUCGAAGCGCUGCACUCUAAGCAGAUUCUCCACGGCGACCUGAAGCCUGAUAACUGUCUGCUACGGCUGGACAAUCUCCCCUUGAGCAGCAGCAGCAGCAGCAGCAGCGGGGGCUACGUAUCCAGUCAGUGGCGCGCGGACGGUGCUGGGGGGUGGGACGCCCGCGGAAUCACGCUGAUCGACUUUGGCCGCGGGAUCGACAUGCGCGCCUUUGUGCCCGACGUACAGUUCGUCGCAGACUGGAAGACGACGGCGCAAGACUGCGCCGAGAUACGCGAGGGCCGGCCGUGGACGUGGCAGAUCGACUACCACGGCCUCGCGGGCAUCAUACACUGCCUUCUGUUCGGCAAGUACAUCGAGACGGUGCGGUGCGAUGCCGGCGGGCUGGGCACGCAGGCCGGGCGGAGGUACAGGAUCAGGGAGAGCCUGAAGAGGUACUGGCAGACAGAGAUCUGGGCCGAGUGCUUUGAGGUGCUGCUCAACCCGGGCAGUGGUGACCUCCUGGAGCAGGAGGAAGGCAGACAGAUGCCGAUACUGAAGAGCAUGCGGGGUGUGAGGGAGAAGAUGGAGGGCUGGCUCGAGGCCAACUGUGAGCGUGGCGUUGGCUUGAGGGCGCUCUUGGGUCGAGUCGAGGCUGCUGCUAGAGCGAGGAGG